AUGGAACGGAAUACAGCGCCUGCUCUCUAUUGUCGGAAGUGUAUUAGCACAACCGCUUUGAUAAUGAGUGCUGAAAAAAUUGCAAUUAGAACCAUUUUACGCGACCUGUGGAAAAAUGGACUAAGUGCAAGGACAAUGGUAAAAGAACUGAAUGAUGUGGAAGGUCCAGGAAUUGCCAAUGAAGGUGUGGCACAAAACUGGUUCAGAAGUUUCAAGGAAAGUGACAUCAACCACGAAGACAAACCGAAGUCAUGGAGACGUUUUGUGGAAGAUGAGGCCUUGCUUGAAAUAGUUGAACAACUGCCAAGUACAAGCAAUCGUACAUUGCCAUCAGAAUUUAAUCCUUCACAAAGCACCAUCACCACCUUUAUAUGCUUGGCUUUGUGA